AUCUAGGGCUGGGGGAGAUAGAAAGGGCAGGGGAGCAUCCAGAAGGGUGCCCCAAGAGCAGGGUAGCGGGGGCGGGGAGCCGAGGGGGCGGGCCAGCCAUGUCCCACGGGACCUACUAUGAGUGUGAGCCCCGGGCUGGCCAGCCGCCUCUGGAGUUCUCAGGGGGCCGCUCGGGGCCUGGGGAGCUAGGGGACAUGUGUGAGCAUGAGGCUUCCAUUGACCUCUCUGCCUAUAUCGAGUCUGGGGAGGAGCAGCUCCUCUCAGACCUCUUCGCAGUGAAGCCGGCAUCUGAGACCCGAGGUCUCAAGGGCCCCGGAACGCCUGCCUUCCCCCACUACCUGCCACCUGACCCUCGGCCCUUUGCCUACCCCCCACAUACCUUCGGCCCUGACAGGAAGACGCUGGGACCUGGCAUCUACAGCAGCCCAGGGAGCUACGACCCCAGGGCCGUGGCUGUAAAGGAGGAGCCCCGAGGGCCAGAGGGCAGCCGGGGGGCCAGCCGUGGCACCUACAACCCUCUUCAGUACCAGGUGGCACACUGUGGGCAGACUGCCAUGCACCUGCCCCCGGCCCUGGCGACAUCCAACCAGCCCCUGCGCGUCCUCAAGGCCCCUCUGGCCUCCGCAGCAGCCCCCUGCAGCCCCCUUCUCAAGGCGCCCUCCCCAGCUGGCCCCUCACACAAGGGCAAGAAGGCGGUGAACAAAGACAGUCUGGAGUACCGGCUGCGGCGGGAGCGGAACAACAUCGCGGUGCGCAAGAGCCGAGACAAGGCCAAAAGGCGCAUUCUCGAGACGCAGCAGAAGGUGCUGGAGUACAUGGCUGAGAACGAGCGCCUCCGCACACGCGUGGAGCAACUCACCCAGGAGCUGGACACCCUUCGCAACCUCUUCCGCCAGAUUCCUGAGGCUGCCAACCUCAUCAAGGGCGUGGGGGGCUGCAGCUGAGCCUGGCUGGUGGAUUGUGCACUGGCUCCCUGUCUGGUCCAAUCCUGAGGAUCCCCUCCCUGUUGGGGCCCUAGGUCCCCUCACAGGCGGAGCCUGAGACAUAGACCAUGGACAAAUGGCAACGGGUGGCAACAGUGGGGAGGGGGGGUGGGAGGGGGGCAGAACCUAGCAUAUUAAUUCUGUGGCUGAAUAAAAUUGCACUAUGACUUGG